AGGCUCCAUGUUUCAGCUGCCCAUUCUGAAUUUUAGCCCCCAGCAGGUAGCUGGGGUAUGUGAGACCUUAGAGGAGAGCGGAGACAUUGAACGCCUUGGUCGUUUUCUGUGGUCCUUGCCAGUAGCACCCGCAGCCUGCGAGGUACUGAACAAAAACGAGUCCGUCCUUCGAGCGCGAGGCAUCGUGGCCUUCCACACCGGGAAUUUCAGAGACCUCUACCACAUCUUGGAAAACCACAAGUUCACCAAGGAAUCGCACGCCAAACUGCAGGCCCUCUGGCUGGAAGCACACUACCAAGAAGCGGAGAAGCUGAGAGGUCGCCCCUUAGGACCAGUGGACAAGUACCGGGUGAGAAAGAAGUUCCCUCUUCCCAGAACCAUUUGGGAUGGAGAACAAAAGACACACUGCUUCAAGGAGAGAACCAGGCACUUGCUAAGAGAAUGGUACCUCCAAGACCCUUACCCUAAUCCCAGCAAAAAAAGAGAGCUAGCCCAAGCGACAGGACUUACUCCAACACAAGUGGGAAACUGGUUCAAAAACCGCCGACAAAGGGACAGAGCAGCGGCAGCUAAAAACAGGCUGCAGCAGCAAGUCUUGUCCCAGGGGUCGGUUCGCUCCUUGACCGAGGAGGAGAGUACAGUGGACCGUCUCGGGGCCGCCUCCAGUCCCGAAGCCAGCCUUUCCAGCAAGGCAGCCGUUUCUGCUAUCUCCAUCACAUCUAGCGACAGUGAAAGUGACAUCUGACACAUCAGCAUGGGCAACCUGCACAAAAUAAAACAAAAGGAAAUCAAGAAAAACUAUAAACAGUGCCUGCGUAAACACAAACCCAUAGCGACACCUUCAGAUCGAGCCGUUAGCAAUGGCUGCCAAAUGUUAGGGAUUCAUCGGAAUGCCUUGUCUUAAAAAACGUGUUCUGCAUUUUUUUUUUUACAUUAGAAGACAGUUUGGACUUUAAAAAGAGAAGAAAACACAAACUGUAUUGCUUUUUUUUAAAAGGAUCUACUGAAAACAGUGCUUCAGCAAGUAUGCCAAGUGCAACAUUCUG